AUGGCCUUCAGAGGACUUUUCAAAGCACCUUUUAGAAGGUAUUCCUUACAUGAAUUCCAGUCCAAAAAACUAUUGCAUGACUCUGGUGUCAAAGUUCAGCGAGGAACCACAGCAGAUACAGCAACCGAUUCUGAAUUGGCAGCUGCAUCAUUAAGAUCACCAUACAUAGUAAAAGCAAAUGUCCAAGUUGGAGGCCGUGGAUUAGGAACUCUAUCAAGUGGUCUUAAAGGAGGAGUCCAGUUCUGCAAAACUCCUCAAGAAGUCGGAAAAGUUGCAAGCCAAAUGAUAGGAUAUCAACUAGUCACUAAUUCACAGCCUAAAUUAUGUAAAGCUUAUAAACCAUAAGAUUUCUAUAAAAUAAUUUUUCAAAAUUUAAAAGAGACACAAGCUAUUAAUCAAUCAAUACUUAGUCAUAUUUUUGAGAGCUUUUAAUUAAUAUAUUCGAUAAUUUUUUAUUUUUGUUUAUUUAAUCUGCUAACAAAAACAUUUGAGAGAAUAAAAUUUGAAGAAAAAAAUCAUAUUAUUCCUAUAUAUAAUAAUUUUUUGUGCCCGAAUUAAUAGCGAUAAAAAAAUUAUCAAUUAUCAAAUGGGAUGAGUAAGCAAACUACAGCAGAAGGAGUGCCAGUGAAGAGUUUAAUGAUUUUAGAAGAGGUAGAUAUAAAACGGCAGCUCUACUUAGCAUUUGUUCUUGAUCGUCAAAUCGGAGGACCAGCUGUAAUUUAUUCUCAAGAUGGAGGGAUGGAUAUCGAAGCUGUCGCUCACAACAACCCUUCAAGCGUACACGUCAAGCCAAUAGACAUCCACAGAGGAUUUUCAGAGGCAGAAGCACUAGAAAUUACCAGAGAACUUCAGCUGUCUGAUAAAGAAGCCGCUCAAGGAGCUAAAGAUAUAGUAAGACUUUACGAGCUUUUCAAACAAAAAGAUGCUUUACAGCUUGAAAUUAAUCCUUGGGCCACAACUCCUACUGAAGAAAUGUACUGUGUUGACGCAAAGGUAACUAUUGAUGAUAAUGCAAUUUUCAGACACAAAGAUAUCAUUGCUUUCAGAGAACAAGCAGAAACUUUCUCCAAAGAAGACUCAGUUGAAAGAGAAGCUGAAAAAUCUGGACUGAAUUAUGUUGGGAUGACUGGCAAUAUUGGCUGCAUGGUCAACGGUGCUGGGCUUGCAAUGGCUACUAUGGAUAUCAUUAAGCUCUAUGGAGGAGCUCCAGCAAACUUUUUAGACGUCGGCGGUGGAGCUAACGAGAAGCAGAUCUUCAAAGCCUUUGACAUUCUAUUCUCACACAGCCACGUAAAAUCGAUUUUCGUCAAUAUUUUUGGAGGAAUUGUGAGGUGCGAUUUGAUUGCAGAAAUGCUGAUAAAGGCUAAAAAUCAGCUUGGGUUCCCAUGUCCUUUAGUUGUGAGGCUUCAAGGAAAUAAUGCUGACGUAGCCCAAAGGAUGAUUGAAGAAGAAAGAGAUGAGAAAUUGCACUCAGAGUUCAACAUGGAAAACGCGGCUAAACUUGCUGUGUCUUAUGCUAACAGAUAA